AUGGAGCGAGGUGUGCAGGAUUUCUGGUCCUUACCUUGGCUGCGGUCUCGCCGGAAAGCGGCUCCAGAAUCCUACCUCGAGACAAAAUCUCACGGGUUGCAUAACCUGAGUCUAUGCAGAGCCUGUGAUAAUCUUGAUCCACGCUGUCUUCCUCACCAGCCAGCUUACAUCCAUCUGAAGAACUGUUUUCACCUGAACAAAAGAUCCCAAAAAUGUCGAUUGUGCGCGUUUAUCUCUCAGAGCUUAGGAGCGGUAGGCUCUAGAGAUGUGCGACAGAUACUUGUAUCAUAUGACAUUUCACCCAAGGUGGGAGUUCCAUUAAGCUUAUCGCUAAGAUGCAAAUUCCUCGAAGUGAAUCUAGGAGAUCGUGAUGCUGUGGUUAGCCUUGAGCUAUAUGCCGAAAAUGGUGUACCGGUAAAUGGAAUGUCCAAUCCAGCGAUGUUGAGAAGUCCCAAAUCAGAUCUAUCAACGUUCCUACGUGGCGGGAUGCCUUCUUGCUUUCGAGAUUCUUACAAUAAUCCUUCCGUUGUCCCGGCGCUUGCAGCAAAAAGUCUGAGUAAUAUCGAAGCUCUCAUCCCUUUGAGACUCCUUGAUGUUGGAAACGACGACUAUUCGUCGCAGAUACGCUUGCACAUCAGGCGUCCCGAUGAAAAAGGAAAAUACGCAACUCUGAGCUACCGCUGGGGAAAUAGGAUGCCACUGAAGACACUCCGAAGGACGCUGAAACGCUAUUUGCAAUCCUUGGAAAUUCAAAGUCUGCCGCAAACCUUUCAAGAUGCUAUUACAGUCACACGCUUACUUGGGAUCAGAUAUCUUUGGAUUGAUGCUCUUUGUAUCAUACAAGAUGAUCCCAAGGACUGGCUUGAGCAGGCUGGGCAGAUGUGCUCCAUAUAUCAGUAUUCAUCCUUGACAAUUGCCAUACACUCUGCUAAGAGCCCUUUGGAUGGCUUUCUUUGGAGAGGAACGGUUCCAAAUUCGCUAAGGGUCUCUCCUCGAGGCACCAGGCCCACAUUUUGGCUCCAAAUCCCCCCAUUGUCGGACAAUGCUAUCCGUAGAGCAUUUGGUGAUAGUCAAAUUACGGGCAGAGGCUGGAUAACCCAGGAAUUAUGCCUCUCCCAACUAGUUCUGCACUUUGUGGAAGAUCGAGUAAUUUGGGAAUGCUGUCACGAAGACUGUGCUACGGCACACCCUUCCGAAGAUCAUAUGGAAAGAUUUCGCAAGCGAUCUGUGCGCCCGUCUCAAGACUGGCUUCCAUUUGUCUCGGCAUAUUCAACCUGUCGGACAACGAAAGAAAGUGACAAACUUGCUGCGAUAGCAGGGAUCGCUCAGGCAUGGCCCAGGAACAGUGCUUACUUUCGCCACAACGGUUACUACUGCGGUGUCUUUGACGACGAUGUGCACAGUAGCCUCCUGUGGUUCAGAGCACAUUCACUUUUGAUUAGAAGAGCUGGGAGGGCCCCCCAUUGGUCAUGGGCAAGUGUUGACGGAGGUAUUCUCUUCAUUCGCGACACGAUUCAGUCUGGACGCCUGCUACCUCUCAUGGAAGUUGACUCAAUAGAUUGUAUCUGUCGUCGCGAUCUGAAUGGACAUUUUCUAUGUACGCGCUCCUACAUUCGGUUGAAUGCGGCCAUUGGAGAUGGCUUUAAGGUUGGCUUUAUUGAGAAAAGUAAACGGUUUUAUUCCGCUCCUCUUGAUGGGCCAAGGUAUGUUACAACCCUUGGUUACCUUGCAGAACGCGUUGUUGGUUGGGCCAUUUUCGAUUGCGACAUUGAUGACCAUCCGAAAUUUCGAUAUGUGCAGGUCGCGGCUAAAGUUGCCGAUGGGAACAGAAAAGGAUCCUUUGUCGUAAUCGUCAAACCAUGUCCGAAAAGUAUCGGCCUUUAUCUUAGAGUUGGCAUGGGUUACCUUUUCAAGGCUGAGGUCUUGAAAACAUUUCAACGAGAAGAUAUUACUCUAUGUUAA